AUCCAACUCAAUGUACAGCAAACGUCUGAUGCAAUCAAAUACUCAUUGCAUUCAUUAGUAUUGAUUAUAUUUGUUAUAAUAAUUGGCAAUCAAUUGAAUUCUUGUGGAAAUGAAUCCAAAACCCAAAUCAGAUGAAAGUGUGGCCAAAGGGGGCAAAGAGAUGACUGAAGAGCAGAGAAACAAAGCGCUACUCAAAGCCCAACGAAAGGCUCAAUUUGAAAUGCAAUUCAAAGACAAACUGAAGAUCACCGCCAAAGAUGUGGAAACUAAGAGUAAAUCUGAGCUAAAGGCCGAACGAAGAGCCAAACAAGAGGUGCAAAGAAUGGCAAAGCAAUCAAAUGAUCCAAAAAGUGAUGCAAAGAGUCACGAGAAGCAGAGUUUAAAUGUCACUAAAAAGAGUCCAAAUAUCGACAAACAAUCGGUUAAAUCAGAUGAAAGGGACACUAAAAGUGGUGACAAACCCAUUGAGAGCACCACUAAAGACGUGAAUGGAGUUAAGGAAACAGUUAAGGAGACAAAGAAAUUGAGUUCAACUGCAGUGACCACGACAUCAACGGCGAGUCAGCCAUCUCUUGUAAAAAGGGGUCAAAUCUUCGCACACAUCCCGAAGCGAACUAAAGAUCUGAACCAAUUGAGUGAUGAAUCGACUUCUAGUGAUAUCCACCCGAUUGUCAUUCAGAUUGGAUUCCAGAUCAAUAAAAAUCUCAUCUGUGGCUCAAAUUCAAGAUGUGUUGCAAUGCUGUUAGCCUUCAAGAAAGUGGUCGAAGACUAUACGACUCCUCCCUCUAAGGAAUUGACCCGAGAUUUAGAGUCUCUCAUCGAUUCGUACGUUAAGUUUUUGGCCAAAUGUCGUCCCCUUUCCAUAAGUAUGACAAAUGCCGUGAAAUUUCUGAAGCAAACGUUUUCCCGAAUUCCGGCCCAAACUAACGACUCGACAGCAAAGACUCAGUUAUGCGAAGCCAUCGAUGACUUCAUUUAUGACGAAGUGAUUUGCGCGCAAAGAGGUAUCGCUGAGUUGGCCAUCACUAAAGUGAAGGACUCGGAUGUUAUCUUAACGUUUGGCUGCUCUUUGAUUGUUAAACAUGUCUUAUAUAAUGCCAUCAAAAAAGGAAAACACUUUCGAGUGGUUGUCGUCGACUCGAGACCUCGUUUUGACGGCAAAGAAAUGCUUAAGUUUUUGCUCAAACAUAAUAUUCCCGUCAUUUACAUCUACAUAAAUGCCAUCUCAUACGUGAUGAAAGAGGUGACCAAAGUAUUACUGGGCGCCCACUCCCUUCUGGCCAACGGGUAUGUCAUGUCACACAUCGGCAGCUCUCAGAUAGCACUGGUCGCACAGGCCUUCAAUGUUCCCGUUCUUGUCUGUUGCGAGACAUACAAGUUCUCUGAACGCGUCCACACCGACAGCUUUGUCUACAAUGAAAUCGGUGAUUCGACAGAUCUCUUGAAUUCAUUGUCCACUUCAAGUAAAUCUCAAAUCGACGCCAAUAAUAAAGACCUCAGCUUUUUGGACCUUCUCUAUGACGUAACUCCACACGAAUUAGUAUCAGUAGUGAUCACCGAAAAGGGUGUCCUUCCCUGUACUUCCGCACCCGCUGUGCUUAGGGUUAGGGAAACCAAAUAGUGUCUCAUAUUUAUUAAUAUUUUGCUAACAAUUUAUUUUUAAAUUUAAUAAAAGUAUUUCACUUAACUGUCCAAUUAGUCUAUUGUGGUAAUUGAUAAAAUUACAUACAUUUCCACUC